AUGGUUGAGGUUAGGGUUGAGCAGGAGAUCUCACUUGUCCAGAGGAAGAUGUCUGACCUUGAGUCAGUGCUGCAGCAGAAGGAUAUAGAGUUGAAGGCCUCUGAGACCCAGAGGACCAUCCUGGAACAGGACCUAGCAACCUACAUCACAGAAUGCAGUGUGAGUAGCCCUGUAGUUACCAGAAGCUUAAAGCGCAGUUUGGAACAGGCUCGUAUGGAAGUGUCACAGGAGGAUGAUAAAGCACUGCAGCUCCUCCAUGACAUCCGGGAACAGAGCAACAAGCUUCAAGAGAUCAAAGAGCAGGAAUAUCAUGCGCAGCUGGAGGAGAUGCGAGUUUCCAUCAGACAACUGGAGGAAGACCUGUCUGCUGCCCGUCGCCGUAGCGACCUGUACGAGGCUGAGCUGAAAGAGUCUCGGCAGACCAGCGAGGAACUGAAGAGGAAGGCUGCAGACUACCAGCAUAGGAUGCAGAAGGCUAAAGAACAAGGAAAAGCAGAGGCAGAGGAGAUGAUUACCAAGCUGGAGAAGACCAAUGCUGAGCAGCAGACAAAGAUCCAUGAUCUUCAAGAGAAGCUUGCCAAGGCACUAAAGGCCAGUGCUGAGGCUACAGACCUCCUUCAGAGUAUGAGAUUGGCAAAAGAGCGCAUGGAACGAGAUCUAGAGAGGCUACAGAACAAGGAAGACUCCAGUGACAGCCUGCGUAGACGCCUCCGUGAAACUGAGGAUGGUAGGAAGACUCUUGAGAACCAGGUGAAAAGGCUGGAGAUUGUUGAGCGACGGGAGACAAAACUGAAGGAUGAGAUCCAGAGCAAGGCCCAGCAGAUUCAGCAGAUGGCAGAUAAGAUUCUGGAGCUGGAGGAGAAUCUGCGAGAGACUCAAGCCACAGCCCAGCGGUUGGAGACUCAUCUGAAGCAGAAGGAGAAGCUCUAUGAAGACAAGAUAAAGGUGUUGGAGGCCCAGAUGAAGGCGGACAUGGCUGACAAGGAGAUGCUGGAGUCCAGUCAGAGCAAAUAUGAGGAGGAGGUGCGGGAAAAGUGCAACAUCAUCAGUGAACAGAAGGCGACCAUAAAUGCUAUGGACUCCAAGAUGAACAACCUGGAGCAGAGAAUUGCUGAGUUGUCUGAGGCCAACAAACUGGCAGCCAACAGCAGUAUCUACACCCAGAAAAACAUGAAAGCCCAGGAGGAGAUGAUCUCAGAGCUUCGCCAGCAGAAGUUCUACUUGGAGUCUCAGGCCGGGAAGUUGGAGGCCCAGAAUGCCAAACUGGAAGAGCAUCUGGAGAAAAUGAGUCAGCAGGAGCAAAGCAAUAAGAGCCGUGUGCUGGAGCUGGAAACUAGGCUCAGAGAGAUUGGGCUAGAGCAUGAGGAACAGAAGCUGGAGAUUAAGCGUCAGGUGACGGAGCUGACCCUGUCGCUGCAAGAGCGUGAAUCCCAGAUCAGCAACUUGCAGGCAGCUCGCCAUGCUCUGGAGAGCCAGCUGCAGCAGGCCAAGACUGAGCUGGAGGAGACCACUGCCGAAGCUGAAGAGGAGAUCACUGUGCUCCGAGCACACAGGGAUGAGAUACAACGCAAGUUUGACGCCUUGAGAGACAGCUGCGCUGUGAUCACAGACCUGGAGGAGCAGCUGACCACACUGACCCAGGAGAACGCUGAGCUGAACCGUCAGAACUUCUACUUGUCCAAGCAGCUGGAUGAGGCGUCUGACGAGAGAGAAGACCGGCUGCAGCUCAGCCAGGAUGUGGACAGGCUGCGUCGGGAGGUGGCCGACCGGGAGAUGCACCUUAACAACCAGAAACAGAACCUUGAGACACUGAAGACCACAUGCACCAUGCUGGAGGAACAGGUUCUGGAGCUGGAGACCCUGAACGAUGAGCUGCUGGAGAAGGAGAGACAGUGGGACGCCUGGAGGGCAACGCUGGAGGAAGAGAAGAACCAGGCUGAGAGGAGGACCAGGGAGAUCCAGAGACUGCUUGACACGGAGAAACAGAACAGGCUUCGUGCAGAGCAGCGCAGCUCUGAGUCUCGCCAGGCUGUGGAACAGGCAGUUAAGGAGCACAAGGCUGAGAUCCUGGCCCUGCAGCAGGCGCUAAAAGACCAGAAACUCAAAGCUGAGAGCCUUGCAGAUACUUUGAAUGAUCUGGAGAAGAAGCAUGCCAUGCUGGAGAUGAACGCCCGCAGUUUGCAGCAAAAGUUGGAGAGUGAGAGGGAUCUGAAGCAGAGACUGCUGGAUGAGCAAGAGAAACUGCAGCAGCAAAUGGAUGCCCAGAAGACCCACAUCUUCCGUCUAACCCAGGGGCUGCAGGACGCUCUGGACCAGACUGACCUGCUAAAAACUGAAAGGACUGACCUGGAAUACCAGCUGGAGAAUAUCCAGCUCCACCUGCAGGCUGUGUACUCCCAUGAGAAGGUGAAAAUGGAGGGGACCAUCACCCAGCAGACCAAGCUCAUAGACUUCCUCCAGGCCCAGGCCCAUGGUGGCUCCAAGAAGAAAAAGGGUCUAUUUGGACGUCGUCGGGAGGACCUGUUGGCUGCCAUGGCUGCUCAGGCCCAGGUUCAAGGGCAGGGUCAAGGCCAGGUUUCCCCUGUGCCCCCCAUCCAGCCGGUUCCUCUGCAGUACAGCGACAUGAAGGCGGCUCUGGACAAAGAACGCGCACGCUGCUCUGAGCUGGAAGACGCUCUGCAGAAAAUGAGAGCAGAGCUGCGAUCUCUGAGAGAGGAAGCGCUCCAGUAUAAAGAUCAUGGUAACCCUACAAACCCGGCCACAGCACGGCAGCAGAUGGUUAUGUCUGCCAUGGUGAAGUCUCCUGAGCACCAGCAGGGCCCGACCAGCCUGGCACCCUCCAACUCUGGACGCAGGAAGGAGACUGCACCUACACCCGAGGAGAGAAGGAGGGUCACUUUUGAAAAGUAUAGCCGUCGUUUGAAGGACAGUCAGAGAGACAGAGAGAGGGAGAGAGAGAGAGUGGUGCACCACAACACCCCUCACCGCUUCACAGUGGGACUCAACAUGAGAGCGGCCAAGUGUACUGUGUGCCUGGAUACUGUGCACUUCGGUCGCCAAGCCGCUACCUGUCUCGAGUGUCACGCUUUGUGCCACCCAAAAUGCUCCCCCUGCCUUCCAGCCACAUGUGGCAUGUCCAGCGACUGCUCACUGCAUCUGUCCGAGGGCCUGGGUCGGGACAAAGGCAGCUCUCCAGGCCAGCAGCUCAAAGAAGCUAGCGGACACAUGCACCUGGAGGGCUGGAUGAAACAGCCCAGGAAUGGGAAGCGAGGCCAAGGCUGGGAGAGGAAAUAUGUGGUCCUGGAUGGGACUAAAGUGUCCAUCUACGAGAUAGAGCCCAGGGAAGACUCAGUGAAGCCACUGGAGGAGUUUGACCUGUGUCUGUCUGAUGGAGAGGUGGUGGUUCAUGGAGCUGUAGGAGCAUCUGAGCUACCAAACACCGCCAAGUCAGAUGUUCCUUACGUCCUGAAGCUGGAGUCCUGUUGUCACGCCCCCUGCUGGCCUGGACAGUCUAUUUACUUCAUGGCUCCCAGUUUCCCAGACAAGCAGCGCUGGGUGGCUGUCAUGGAGUCUGUGGUGGCUGGGGGGCGAGCCUCACGGGAAAAGGCCGAAGCUGACGCAGCUGCUGUGUCCAAAAGACAAAUGGUUCUGUCUCCUCUGGUCCAGAAGCUGCUAGGAAACUCUCUACUAAAGCUGGAGGGAGAUGAUAGGCUGGAUAUUAACUGCACGCUCCCUCUCACAGAUCAGAUCGUUCUGGUGGGAUCUGAAGAGGGUCUGUAUGCCCUGAAUGUUAUCAAGAACUCCCUGACUCACAUCCCUGGUCUAGGGUCAGUCUUUCAGAUCCACAUCAUCAAAGAGCAGGAGAAACUGCUGAUGAUUGUUGGGGACGAGAGAGCGCUGUGUCUGGUGGAGAUAAAGAGAGUAAAGCAGUCUCUGGCCCAGUCCCACAUGCCCAGCCAGUCUGAACUGGCUCCCUACAUCUUUGAGACUGUGAAGGGCUGCCAUCUGUUUGCUGCUGGGAGAAUAGACAACGGUCCUUGUAUAUGCGCUGCAAUGCCUAACAAGAUAACCAUUCUGCGCUACAAUGACAACCUCAACAAAUACUGUAUUCGUAAGGAAAUCGAAACUCUGGAGCCUUGCAGCUGCAUCCAUCUGACCAGCUACAGCAUCAUAAUUGGCACCAACAAGUUCUACGAGAUUGAAAUGAAGCAGUUUGUGCUUGAGGAGUUCUUGGAUAAGAACGACAUGUCACUGGCCUCAGCAGUGUUUGCAGCCUCGUCCCACAGUUUCCCCAUCGCCAUCAUGCAGGUGGCCAGCAGCAUGCAGAAGGAGGAAUACCUGCUGUGUUUUCACGAGUUUGGAGUGUUUGUGGACACGUACGGACGAAGAAGCCGCACUGAGGAAAUUAAGUGGAGCCGUCUGCCUUUGUCCUUUGCCUACAGGGAGCCUUACCUGUUUGUCACCUACUUCAACUCCCUGGACGUCAUCGAGGUUCAGGGACACACUGCUCUGGGUCCUACAGUGCUGGCCCACCUAGACAUCCCAAACCCUCGCUACCUGGGCCCUGCCAUCUCCUCUGGGGCCAUUUACCUGGCCUCUUCCUACCAGAACAAACUGCGGGUCAUCUGCUGUAAGGGAAGUCUGAUCAGAGAGUCUGGAGAGCUGCAGAGGACCGGCUCCAGCCGAGGCAGUCCAAGUAAGCGUGGCCCACCCACCUACACAGAGCACAUCUCCAAGCGUUUGUCCUCGGGCCCCGGCAGCCACGAAGGCUUGCAUCGGGAGCCCAGCACCCCGCAUCGUUACCGGGAGGGUCGCACCGAGUUCAGACGGGACAAGUCUCCUGCCCGACCGCUGGAUAGGGAGAAGUCGCCCGGCAGGGUGCUGGACAGUCGCAGGGAGAGGUCCCCUGGGAGGUUCGGGGACAGCACCCGACUCCAUGCGGGGUCUGUCCGAACACAGCUCGCCCCUGUUAACAAGGUGUGGGACCAGUCAUCGGUGUGAACCUAGUUCCACACUGCUCCUGACUGGAGGUCUGAAGAGAAGCCAUGGGAAACCCUUGAUCCAAGUGCAAGCAC